AUGAAACGUGGUCGGACUGUUGCUGUGUUUUCCUUCUGUGUGCCUAUGGUCCUGAUAUCUCAUUUCGUCGUGGUCACCAUUCUAUUCAGCGUCCGAGAAACCUGGAGACUCGACCCGGCAAUUCGACGAGCUAUCUCUCUCCUUUCUUUGCCAAAUGGCUUUUCCACGGCAGUACUCACUACACCGUUCGAGGACGAGGAUGGCCAACCAUACUGGGAGAACCUGCGACCGGCCGAACACUGUCUUCGUUACGCAACGCGGGAUUACACUGCGCUUCUUACUGGUAUUCCGUACGGACCAUCGGCAGUCGCAGCUUGUAGGGAGACCAAGGUGGAGAUUCAUGGAGAAGAGCUGUUACCCGACUUUUGCCAGGAUCUGCUUGCGAAUGACCGAGUUAAUUCGUAUCACAAAGAGGCUGUCCGCGAAGUCGUCCAGGGGACAUUGGACGGAUCCUGGGUUCUGGGCACUGAUCUUCUCCCUCAUAGCCGGAUCAGUGCAUUCCUCGUAUCACGUCAUGGCGACUUCAAGACAGGAAACCAACGAGUGUACCACGUAUUCUAUUUCUGGAUUUUAAGUUUCAGCAUCUUCACCUCUGUCUAUGUUUUCAUCCUGUUUGGGAAGUUCCCUGAAGUGAAGCUGCCCCGAAAGCAUCUUGUUUACUUCUUCUGCCUCCUAUUAGCCUGGUCACUGGGGGCGAUCUUGAUGACGACGUUGCAUAAAGGUGUUUACGACGGGUGCUUUAGGGAUGGUAAAAAGGGCGUCCAUUGCGGGCAAACCGUUGCGCUACAUGUCAUGGUCUGGAUCGAAAGCAUUUUCCUGGCCUUGGUCUUCAGGUACAACAACGAUAUCCCGCAGGCGUCUCCUUCCGCACAAAAUUCGAAUGAUGCUCCCGUGGCGAGUGGCAGCAGUAACCAGGACUCAUUGGGAGUUGACUUGGAAAUGGGCGUGACUAGAGGGAAACCGUGCGCGUCUCCGGAUCACAGCGUAACGAAUCCAUUGCUCCCUGGUCCAAAGGUAGAGGAGGAAUGUAACGGCGUGAAGAUCUCAUUGCUACCUAAUCCAAAGGUAGAAGAUCGACCCAUACCGUUGGGGGCUAUUCCUGGUCCUCCGGAGCCGCGGUGA